AUGACUGCCGUCGCCUCUACUAACGGGAAGGAAGAAGCAGAUCAUAACCAGUCUAUAGAGUGUCCAAGAUUUUCCCGCGGACAGAAAGAUAUUUUGCUGGACCAUGAGGAUACAAAAGGGAAGGAUUCAAUAAUCAACUCCCCCGUAUCAGGGAGGCAAUCAAUAAGCCCUACUCUGUCGAACGCUACCACCACUACUACAAAAUCUAUUAUGAAUGUCACAGGAACUUCGGGGGCAGUGGUAAGUAAUACUCCAGAACCUGGUUUGAAAAGAGUCCCCGCGGUCACUUUUAGUGAUCUGAAGCAGCAACAAAAGCAGGAUAGUCUGACUCAACUGAAAAACGAUUCGGAAAAGGCCAAGUCCCCAAACAGUGGUUCAGCCUCCGUCCCAACUUCAGUUUCUAGUAAUCCUGCAGUUAUACCGAACCACAUCAACACUUCAAGAACGACGCAAGUAUCUGGCUCUCCGCUUGCCAACGAAAUGAAAGACUAUGUUCCUAAGAAAGACAGUGCACUUAAAAUAGUUGAUCCUAUCAAGCUCGACAAAAUAAUGGCCUCCUCUACGCCAAUAAGUAGGGACAAGGAUAAGGUAGCCGCUAAGGCCCCCACCAGUGUUGCACUACGAAAGGAAGAUGUACACGAUGAAGUUAACAACGUUUCAGUCCAAAAUAAUGCACGUUCCACUCCAGAGGAGACGCCGGUGAAGCAAUCCGUUAUUCCUUCCAUUAUUCCGAAGAGAGAAAAUUCCAAGAACUUGGACCCCAGGUUACCUCAAGAUGACGGGAAAUUGCACGUACUCUUUGGCGCUACAGGUUCCCUGUCGGUAUUCAAGAUCAAGCCAAUGAUUAAAAAACUAGAAGAAAUAUAUGGUCGCGAUAGAAUAAACAUUCAAGUUAUACUGACUCAAUCAGCAACACAGUUUUUCGAACAAAGAUAUACCAAAAAAAUUAUUAAAUCUUCAGAAAAACUUAAUAAAUUGUCGCAGUAUGAAUCUACUCCGGCAACUCCAGUAACACCCACACCUGGACAAUGCAACAUGGCUCAAGUAGUUGAGUUGCCCCCACAUAUUCAGCUAUGGACAGACCAAGAUGAAUGGGACGCAUGGAAACAACGGACUGAUCCUGUGCUUCAUAUAGAAUUACGCCGCUGGGCAGAUAUACUAGUAGUAGCCCCAUUAACUGCAAACACACUAUCGAAAAUUGCUUUGGGGCUGUGCGAUAAUCUUCUGACAAGUGUCAUCAGAGCUUGGAAUCCAAGUUAUCCCAUUCUUUUGGCGCCUUCAAUGGUGAGUAGCACUUUCAAUUCGAUGAUGACUAAGAAGCAAUUACAAACCAUAAAGGAGGAAAUGUCUUGGGUCACAGUUUUCAAGCCAUCUGAAAAAGUUAUGGAUAUUAAUGGUGAUAUUGGUCUCGGGGGUAUGAUGGACUGGAAUGAGAUUGUUAACAAAAUCGUUAUGAAAUUGGGUGGUUAUCCAAAGAAUAACGAAGAAGACGAAGAAGACGAAGAAGAUGAAGAAGAAGAAGAAGACGAAGAAGAGGAGGACGCAGAAGAUAAGAACGAAUACAACAACGAUGAUGAUGACGAUGAUGAUGAUGACGAUGACGAUGACGACGACGACGAUGAUGACGACGACGACGAAGAAGAGGACGAAGUGGAAACUCCAGGUAUAAUAGAUAAGCAUCAAUAA